GAACGUUACUGAACUUAGUCUGUUCCAAUACGUUGCACAAGGAAAGCAAUUUCGAACGUUCUUCAAAAUGCGCGCCAUCUUCGUCCUGCUCGUCGUUGCCGUCUUCGCUUUCCUGGGUGUUUCGGCCCAGCAGCCCAAGAAGUGCGGUGAAAACGAAAUCUUCCAGCGCUGUGGUACCGGUUGCGAGCGCACGUGCGAUAACGGUGAGACCUGGGACAAACCAUGCAAGGCAGCCUGCGUUGACAAGUGCUUCUGCAAGGAUGGUUUCCUGCGCAACGAGAACGGAAAGUGUGUCCGUGCCUGGCACUGCAACCCCAACCUGUAAAAGGGAAGGCAUUUAACGUGUCUUUCGCAUAAUUUCGCUGCCACCUCACACUACCAACAACAACUGUGCCGCGGGGUUGGCACCACACAUACACCAUGAGGAUGUUUGCGCUCUGCCACCCGUAUGCAAAUAGUCCAUCAUUCUGGUACUGUGGCGAAAUAAAGCAUAAUUAAGAACCGCAUGCAAAAAAAUACAAAAACACACAACUCGUACACACCGAA